UGGAAAGACGUAAUGCUUGGCCCAUACGUUCAUAAAAGAGCAAUCAGCUGAGACGAAUGCUUCCAUUUCCUUACAUCACUGGAUCACACUCCACAAUGUUUGCAUACGGCCUGAUUCCUCUCAUUGCAUCCACAUCUGCCGUUGCGAGGGAGAUCGUCUUCCCUCCCAUCGCAGCAAUUCAAGGUUCCGGACAAGUUCCGCUCGGCAAAGAUGAUACUGUUGAUAUUGUUACGGGUAGUCAGUUCUCAGGACUGACUACGUUCGCAAACUUACCUUACGUAAACUGUUUGGUCGAUGACCAGGCACACUCCACACCUUUUGACAUUGCAAUCUUGGGUGCCCCGUUCGACACUGGUGUUACCGCUCGUCCUGGAGCCAGAUACGGGCCAGGCGGUAUUCGUCUCGGCUCUCGACGAUUACAAGGAUGGAACAUCUACACGGGUGUCAAUGUCUUCCAAAGCUGGGCGAAGAUGGUGGACUGUGGGGACGCGCCACUGACCUGGUUGGAUAACACAGUUGCAUUGAAGCAGCUCGAUUUAGCACACAAGGUUAUAUCAUCGCGUCCUACGAAUAGUACAAAUCUGGGCCGUACACCUCGUAUUCUUACCCUCGGUGGAGACCACACAACAACACUGUCGGCACUGAGGUCGACGUAUGCCAAGUGGGGUCCUGUUUCGGUUAUUCAUUUUGAUAGUCAUCUCGACACUUGGGACCCUAAGGUACUAGGGGGUGGUAUAUCCCACUAUGCCGGGGUAAACCACGGAACCUUCCUUCACAUAGCCCAUGAAGAGGGCCUUAUCCGCGACACAUCUUUACACGUUGGUAUCCGUGCCCCUGUCAUCCGCCCAAAGGGCGAUAUCCGAAACGAUAUCCGAUGCGGAUUCGAAAUCAUCAAAGCUCGUGACUUAGAUCGGGUCGGGAUAAAUGGUAUCGUAGAACAGAUCAAGUCCCGGGUUGGUGACAACAAGGUGUAUAUUUCUGUGGAUAUUGAUGUCUUGGAUCCAGCCUACGCACCUGCAACGGGAACUGCAGAGCCAGGGGGCUUCACCACCCGUGAGCUUCUUUCUAUCCUAGACGCUCUACAUGGAUUGCCGGUAAUAGGUGCCGACGUUGUCGAGGUUGCGCCGAUAUAUGAUACAGCGGCCGAGACUACGACUUUGGCUGCUGCUGAGGUGGCUCAUUCGUUGCUUUAUCUGAUGGUGGAAACGCCGGUCAAUGAUAACUAGAAUCUGGCUAGCAUCCACAUGGUGUCUAUGUAAGGUGUGAAUUUGAAACGACAGUAGGUUCCAGUACUCAUGGAGAGCAAAACAUACUCCAUAGCUCAUUGGGUGGUACAUAAUUAUUGUGCAACGUCCACUAUGUGGCUCCAGAUUCAAUGUACAAUGAAGCAUGUUUUUAAAUAUGUCUUUAUAAACACUGAAU